AGAGGGGGAUUAGGGGGUUGGCUGCGCUCAGCCCUGCAGUGCGGAGGUGGCAACAGGUUCCCAUUUGUCCUGUUGCUGGCGCUGCGGGCGCUGUGGGCCCCGAGCACUGAGCUCUGACUUUGGAAAUUGAGCCCCUCAUGGCCUCCUCCCAAAUGCUUUCUCCCGGUGGGAGGACUUGGCAGCAGGGCUCCGCAGUUAGGUGCAGGGGAGCCCCUCGCCAAGCGUCGGGAGACGUGGACCCUUGGAUCCUAGGCUUCCCCUCCCUUCCCCAUUGCGGAGGUUGCCUCUCCCCGUCCUCAUUCCAGCCCAGCUCCUCUCACCUCCAGGGAACCCUCUCCAGAGAGCGCCACUGAGCAGCUCAGGAGCUCCCUCUCUAGCCGAACUGAGCCCCCACGGCAGGGCGGGCCGGGGAAGUGGCUGUCCAGCUCCCUGCUGGUCACAGCCCUGGGCCACCCCCACUAUCCACAACAAGACUGGCACAUGGCAGAACCUCCGUGGUGCCUUCAACCCCUGCCCACUCUGAGCUCCCACCCACAGCUGCAGUGGGCCUGGAGGCAGCCCCCAGGCUGGGUGCCGGUGUCCACCUCCACCACUGUGGAGCUAGGCUGUGGACAGAAAACAGAAGACAACGUCCCUGCCCCAGGAACACACUGAGAAAGGGGGAAAGUGACCACACUAGGGAGCACAGAGGAGGGAGACUACUGGCUCCGAGUUGGGAAGGCUGCCUGGAGGAGGGGGCCUGAAGAAUGAGCAGAAUCUCAGAAUCUGGGCAGGGGGCAUAGGAGGGAGGCCUGGGCUGGGGCCCUUGCCCACUGGGUGAGAGAAGGAAGGGCACAGUCCAGCUGCCCAAAGCCCUUGGAUGCAGGAAUUAGGACUCAUGUUAGACGCAGGGACAUGGGGGGUGUGGCCGGAAAGCAGCCCAGUGCCAGGGUCCUGGGAGUCCCCGGCUAGCAGCCCACUGCCCAAAAGGGAGGGAGAGAGGCAAACUGGAAGCCCCUUAGAGGUGACCCACCUAGCUUUCCGUCACCUGCCCUCUUACCUAACCAUGACCUGAGACAUUUUCUCCUCUAACUCCAUGGCUCCUGAGAGGAGUCGUUAGACUCGUAGUUUGCUUUGCAUUUUCCACUUGUUAGAAAAAUGCUUUGUGGUGCCCAUCCUCGUGUGCAUAACUUUGCUUUCUUUUACUUUAGUUCCUUAGAUUCCCAAAAGUGGUCAAAGGGUUGGGAUUUUUUCCUAGCUCUUGAUAUUGCCAGAUUAAUUUCCAAAGGGGUCGUACCAAUAUAUAACCCUGCAACAGUUGAACAGCACGCUGAUUUCACAGCAAUCUUGCCAGCACUGCGUGUUCUCAAAAAUGAGAACAUUUCUAAUGCAGUAGGUGGGAAGUGUUACCUCGUUGGUCAUUGUUACUUGUUUAUUGGAGUGGCUUUCCUUCCACGCCUGAAGUUGAACCUUCCCCCAAAUAUUUGUUAGGCCACCGCAUUCCCUCCUUCCUGCAGUAUGCAGUGUUUUCAGGUUCUUUGCCCAUUUAUCUACAGGGGUCUUAACCUUUUAGUUGGGUAUGAGCUUUAUCUUAUCUGGUGUACAUUUUCCUUCAACACUGUUAUUUGCUUUUGUUGAGCUUUAAGCAGAGAAGGGACUUUUAGCCAGAUCAGCAUUGUGGACACCUCCCCCUGACCCUGGUCUCCUGCCUCAGUGCUCACCACACCUGAGACCUUGUCCAGUGCUCUUGCUGCCUGUGGAUCUGUCCCGCCUGUUGUGCCCAUGGAGGAAAGGAUGGAGGCCACCAGCCUUGGUUGAGUGGAUGGCAUUCUGACAUUGGGCAGGGCUGGGCAGGGCAGGGUGGAGGGCAGGUCGUUGCAGGCCCGGAGGCAGGGAGACUGUUGUGCAAGACGUGACAGUGACCUGGCCUAAAGCUGAUGAAUUUGAGCCCUCGGCUAGGGCAAGGGACAGGGGAGAGAGGCGAGGAUGUGAGAGAUAUUUAGGUAGAAACUAGUUCUUUCCACUUUGAUUAGCCGAAGGGGGGUUAAGGGAAGGAGGCAGAGUGGGGAGCCACAGGUGACUCUUAGGAUCAGUAAUGUGAUAAGAGCAGAGUGCCCCAGUUUAGGGCUGGGAGCUCAGGGUUCCUGGGUGCUUUUGGCCAGUCCUGUGCGAGUGAAGCGGGCUGGUAUUGGUAGGUAUCCAGGAGCUACGCCUGCCUGCCUAGCCCUGCAGCAGACCUCUGGGCCAAAGCUGCACUAAGUUUCUGGUCCUGCCUCCUCCUCCCCUCCGUGAUUUCGGUGGCAUCCCAAGUUUGCCCAAGCUGCUAGCUCUGAGCCCAUUACAGAGAUGGGGCCACUGAGAUCCAGGCAGGGGAGAAGAUGGUCCAAUAUCACCCUGUGAGUUGGGUUGGAGGCAGCUUCUGCGGCAGAGGGGCUGGGCUCUGGUCCUCACCCCUCCCCCUGCCUCCCGAGGCCAGGCUGGCGCCGGCCAGGGGAGCCGCAGCUGGUCCCCUGCUGGGCCCCUGACCUGCCCUUGGCCUCUGCCCCGACCCCGUCCCGCCUCGGUGGAAGCCCCAGCUCAGCCGACUCGCAGGUCCCACCCGACUGCUUCGGCUAGCACCCGUUGGCUCACCGGCCCGCCGGGCCCGCCCCCGGAGCCCCGCCCCGGCCCGCCCCUCGGAGUUGUAACUCCACGUCCGAAGGCAGUUUCCAAGGUGGAAGCUGGGUCCGGCUGCCAGGAAGCGGCCGGUGCGCGGGCUGCGCGGGGCUCGGCUUCCACGUGCGAGCCUGCACCGCCGCCCCGCCCUCUCCUGGCGGCCAGGCCUGGGGACUGUCUGCCCCGGGACGGCGCCUCGCGUUCCGCCGUGGCAGUGGCCGUGGCCAGAACGUCCACGCGCGGUCGUCCACCGCCGGAUCUCGCUCCAGCGCCCGUGGUCCAGCGUGUAGGGAGCCGAUCGCCCAUGGAGGGUCUGGGCCGCUCGUGCCUGUGGCUGCGUCGGGAGCUGUCGCCCCCGCGGCCGCGGCUCCUGCUCCUGGACUGCCGCAGCCGCGAGCUGUACGAGUCGGCGCGCAUCGGUGGGGCGCUGAGCGUGGCCCUGCCGGCGCUCCUGCUGCGCCGCCUGCGGAGGGGCAGCCUGUCGGUGCGCGCGCUCCUGCCUGGGCCGCCGCUGCAGCCGCCCCCGCCUGCCCCCGUGCUCCUGUACGACCAGGGCGGGGGCCGGCGCCGGCGCGGGGAGGCCGAGGCCGAGGCCGAGGAGUGGGAGGCCGAGUCGGUGCUGGGCACCCUGCUGCAGAAGCUGCGAGAGGAAGGCUACCUGGCCUACUACCUCCAGGGAGGCUUCAGCAGAUUCCAGGCCGAGUGCCCUCACCUGUGUGAGACCAGCCUUGGUGGCCGUGCCGGCUCCAGCAUGGCGCCGGUGCCCAGUCCAGUGCCUGUGGUGGGGUUGGGCAGCCUGUGCCUGGGCUCCGACUGCUCUGAUGCGGAAUCCGAGGCUGACCGCGACUCCAUGAGCUGUGGCCUGGAUUCGGAGGGUGCCACACCCCCACCAGUGGGGCUGCGGGCAUCCUUCCCUGUCCAGAUCCUGCCCAACCUCUAUCUGGGCAGUGCCCGGGAUUCCGCCAAUUUGGAGAGCCUGGCCAAACUGGGCAUCCGCUACAUCCUCAAUGUCACCCCCAACCUCCCAAACUUCUUCGAGAAGAAUGGUGACUUUCACUACAAGCAGAUCCCCAUCUCUGACCACUGGAGCCAGAACCUGUCGCAGUUCUUUCCGGAGGCCAUUGAGUUCAUUGAUGAGGCCUUGUCCCAGAACUGCGGGGUGCUCGUCCACUGCUUGGCGGGGGUCAGCCGUUCUGUCACCGUCACUGUGGCCUACCUCAUGCAGAAGCUCCACCUCUCUCUCAACGAUGCCUAUGACCUGGUCAAGAGGAAGAAGUCUAACAUCUCCCCCAACUUCAACUUCAUGGGGCAGUUGCUGGACUUUGAGCGCAGCUUGCGGCUGGAGGAGCGCCACUCGCAGGAGCAGGGCAGUGAGGGGCAGGCAUCUGCGGCCUCCAACCCGCCCUCCUUCUUCACCACCCCCACCAGUGAUGGCGCCUUCGAGCUGGCCCCCACCUAGGGCCCCGUGGCCGGCAGGCCGGCCCCUGCCCCACCCCCACCCACGGGUGUCCCUGCCCACUCGUGUGGCAAGGGAGGGGAGGGCAGGAGGGCUCGGCCUGAGCAGGGUGCUGGGGGGAGAGCGCAAUACCUCACGCGGGCUGCCGUCCUAAUCAACGUGCCUAUGGCGGGACCACGCUCGGAGCCUGCCUCUUCUGCGACUGUUACUUUUUCUUUGCGGGAUGGGGGUGGGGGUUCCCUCUCCAGGUGGUUGUCCAGGCCCAGGCCCCGGCCCUGGGUGCUCAGCCAGCUCGGCUAGGCCCUGCGCCUCCCUGCGCUUCCCCCUUCAGGAAGGGUGUGUGCCACCUCGUUGCCACAGGGACUGGAUCCCAGUCCCGCCCCUGUCCCCAAGUGGCUGCUUGGGGGAGAGGCAUUUGCCAUCACUGGUGUUGUCACCUCCCUGUUUCUCCACCAAGGGCUUGGGCCUCUCGGGGCUGGGGCCUCCCAGGGGAUGGGGACCCAGAGGUGCAGUGGCCGCCCACAUCCAUGGCCUAGGAGCUACUGGGCAGGUUCCCGGCCACACAUCUGGUGGGCUGUUUUUUUUUUUUUUUUUCCUCUUCCCCCAGAUGUCUUGACGGGAUCACUGGGGCUCUUUGUGAGUGAGGGUGGCCAAACUACCGCCGGAGGAGAUGGGGUCUCAGAGCGAGAGCUGCGGAGCGGGAGGGGAAGAAGAAGGCCCACACAGCCGCUGCUACUUUGGGGGGUGGGGAAGGGGCCAAGCUGCAGACACACACAGUCAUUCAUUUCUGUCCACACCCCUGUGGGUGGCGGGUGUGCGUGUGUGCGCUUGUGUGUGCGCGCGUGUCGGCACUCACACACACAUGCUAGCCCACUGAUGCACCCAGCCCAGGGCUGGCAGUCUUAGUGGCGUGGGGCCGUCUCACCCUGGAGCCUGGAGAGGAUCUAUGCUUGUUUGUUUUUGUAAUCCAUAUCAUAGUUGCUUUCUUUAAUUGUUCCUUCUGAAUAAACAGUUUAUUUAAGAUACUGA